UUAACUGAUGCUGCACUUGAAAAAACUGUCUGUUAAUGGCCCUGAAUGGCACGACUGCUGAACUUAGCUCCUCGUGAUAUCAGCUGAGAAUUCAAAAGACAAAAGCAGCAUACAUUGGCUCAUGGAGCAGAAGGUGUCUCUUGGUAAUGCAGAUCUGAAUAACUCUAUGGAUUGCAAUGGUAGUGAAGACAGAAACAGGUCAGACCCUUUGACUGCUGAGAAUGUCAAGAAGAACUGGGUGGCACUUUUGAUUUCUCUGGUCAUAAUCAUCACGGUGACGGGUAACAUCCUGGUCAUCAUGGCGGUGAGCUUGGAGAGAAAGUUACAGAAUGCCACUAAUUACUUCUUGAGGUCUUUAGCAAUUACAGACAUGCUUCUGGGUAUCCUUGUAAUGCCAGUAGCCAUGGUGACAAUCCUCUAUGGUUACACCUGGCCCCUUCCCUGGGCUCUGUGUCCAAUCUGGAUCUACCUGGAUGUUCUCUUCUCCACCGCCUCCAUCAUGCACCUGUGCACCAUCUCUCUGGACCGAUACAUCGCCAUCCGCAACCCCAUCCACCACAGCCGCUCGAACUCUUUAACCAGAGCCCGUGUCAAAAUUAUAGCAGCCUGGACCAUCUCUGUGGUUAUCUCCAUGCCUGUCCCGGUCCUCGGCCUGCACGAUCACACCAAAGUCUUCCGGAAUGAAAGCUGCCAACUGAUGGACAACAAUUUCGUUUUGAUUGGCUCUUUUGUGGCGUUCUUCAUCCCGCUCAUCAUCAUGGUCGUCACCUACAUUCUCACCAUCAGUGCUCUUCAAAGUGAAGCGACUUUGUGUCUGGACCAGCUCAUCGUGCGGCCAAAAUGGUCAUCCACUAUUGGACUCCUCCCACGGGGCUCGCUGUCCUCUGAGCGCCUCUUCUCGCGUUCGUCUCUCUGUCGCGAUGGGGCUUCCAGAGGAUCCGGCCGUCGCUCCAUCCAGUCCAUCAGCAACGAGCAGAAGGCAUCUAAAGUGCUAGGUGUGGUCUUCCUUCUCUUUGUGAUCAUGUGGUGUCCAUUUUUCGUGACAAAUGUGAUGGCGGUGGUGUGCGGUUCAGCGUGUGAUGAAGAUUUGUUGGGGGGACUGAUGAAUGUGUUUGUUUGGGUGGGUUAUCUGUCAUCAGCGGUCAAUCCUUUCAUCUACACGCUCUUCAAUAAGACUUACCGUGCUGCUUUCGCCCGGUACAUGCGAUGCCACUACCGUGAAGAGAGGAGGCCUCUGCAGCUGAUACUGGUCAACACCAUCCCUCCUCUGGCAUACAGCUCCUCUGGGCUUUCCCUGAAGGUGGAGAACUCAUUAAAGAGGAGGGCAGAGGGCAGCCGGUCUGGGAGCUUCUCCAACACAGACAGGUCAAACUCGGGAAACACACAAAACAAGCAGGAAUGGGAAGAGGAUGUAAGCCAUUUGUGAGACUCCAGAGAGUUUUUAAUUAUGGUACACAUCAACAGACCUUAGAGACCGUCUCUUUGUAGGUGUAAAACCUGAAAAAUGAAGUCUUUUAUUUUAAUACGUGUCCACCUGUGCAGCACAGCACAGUCAGCAGAUCAGACUACUGUACCUACGGCUCACAGCCAAAAGAGAAGACAGAUGAUUUCAAU